AUGAAUUACAAUCUUCAUCCAGUUUCAUAUCUCAACGCAACUGAGAGAAUCAUUGAUUCAGAGAUUUCAACUACGUCUCCAACGGCUUCCUCCCAGUCGUCCAACAACUCCCCAAGAUCUUCAUUCACAUCACAGUCGUCUGCCAACUCACCCUUGGACAGCAAAGAUGUCCAUUACAUCAAGAGAGACACUUUCAACAACGACAACAGAUCCUCUGCUCCUCACCAGAACGAUUCCAUGAUGAACACAUAUUUCCAAGAACAGUCCACCAAGAUCCCCAUAAUAAGCGCAGAACAAGUGCAGCAACACCAACACGAGCUCAACAAGUUCAAUGCCCCACCUCCUUUCGCAGCACAGGCCCCUAGCAAGAACUCGUCGGAUGAUGAUGUUUCCCUGGAGGAUUCAACCGCCACUGAACCAGCAAAGAGAGUUAAGAAGACUUAUAAGAAGAUCAAAGAAGAAGACUUAAAGGGCCCCUUCGUUUGUCACUGGGAAAGUUGUACCAGUGUCUUCGAAACCCCUGAAAUAUUAUAUGAGCAUCUUUGUGAUGACCACGUUGGCAGAAAGUCGUCCAACAACUUGUCGUUGACCUGUUAUUGGGAAAACUGUGGGGUUUCUACCGUCAAGAGAGACCACAUCACUUCACAUCUUAGGGUUCAUGUCCCAUUAAAACCAUUCCACUGCGACUUGUGCCCAAAGAGUUUCAAGAGACCACAAGAUUUGAAGAAGCACUCAAGAAUCCAUGCCGAAGACCACCCAAAGAAGUUGAAGAAGGCCCAAAAGCAAUUUCAAAAGGAAGCUGAAGAAAUGAACAGACAAAUGGGCUACAGACAGCAACAAGCUCCACUUCAGCACCAUCUCCAACACCCAUCACUCCCACAAUAUCAAACCCAAGGAGGCUACCCACCAUACCAAGAUUUCCAUAUCCACAGUGAUGUAGGUGUAUACCAUCAACCACACCAUGGCCAACCAAUUCAACAGCAAACACCUCCUUAUGAACCAUUACUGCAACAACAACACCAACACCAACACGAGAACUCUAACAUUUCUCAACAAGGAUUUGAGCAGUUCGAUGGAUCUCGUAAGAGAAGGCCUGAAAGCAAUGUUCAACUGAACAGCAAUAUUGUUAGCGUUAUUUUAAAUGACUUUAACUUUAUGAAUACUGCAAAUGGACAGGAUUAUGGUAACAAUAAGAAGACUAAGUUGGAACCUCAAUAUAAUAUUGACAUUUUUAACAGACUUAAUCAACUUGAUGACCAUCACCAUCCACAAAGUAGUUCCGUUCACCAGCAACAACAGCAACAACAAGCUGCUCCAGCUCCUUCAGCUCAGCAACAUGGUGCCUACGGCAACUUCAGCUACAACUCCAACCCAACCCAAAUUCUUGAAGCUGAAAAGUUCUUCAACUCUUUAUCUUCAUCAAUUGACGUACAGUACCAAAACUUACUGCAACAACAACAGCUGCAACUGCAAGGUCACUCUCAAUUACCACAACAAGUUCCAAGUGGACAAUUAUACCCAACAAUGCAAAGAACUGAACAUAGCCAAACCGGAUACGUUCCUAACUUCCCACAAUACGAUAGAUCUAGUGGUUUCCAACAACAAGCUCCAGUGUCAAUGGAAUUUGGUGGUGUUUCAUCAUACCAAAGAAGCGGACAAUCCACUGAGACCAAGAGUUCUGAGGAUGACGAUCUUUCAUCCAAGCUUGAAGGAUUAUCCAUCAAGAAGAAUUCAGCUACCAUGUCUUUAGAUGAUGUUGAGAGGCACCGUGCAUUGAUCGACUUAGUUCUUAAGCACUUAGCUUCAUUGAAAGAAAGUACUGAAAAGCCUGUGAAAGAAAAGGAGACAAGAAGCAUUUACCCAACAAUCACAGCAUUUUAA